GGAAAGGGGCAGUACAAGUUGUGUUGCACAUUGUGCAACCACGUUUGGGUUGGCCCGCGGACGAAGGCAGAGGACCACUUCACCCGCCCAGCUGCGCAUUGUAGAUUCCGUACAGGAGAGAUCCUGUACAAGUUAAUGAGAGACAGGGCCACCAUCACAGACCCUUUGGGGAGGUCGAUGGCAGAGAGGCACAUGGACGUCCGUGAGGAGGAGCUGGAGAUUGAGGACCUGUGGAGGGCCGAUGAGGCGGUUGCUUCCGCUGCACGCAUGGCAGAUGACCGGGAUGCUAGCCACGGUAACAAGUCGGGAGCGCAAGGGGCGAAUGCAACCAUGACGGAUGAGGGACGGACUAGUGGUUUGCCCGCAGAGGACGAGGUGACUAUGCUUAGAGAGAGGAUACGAGUCUUCGAAGCGGGGCGAGGGUCGACCCAGGCGCAGCGCAGCUUACGACAGUGUUCGAGGUGGAGGGUCGACAUGGCGUGGGUUAGGACAGAGGGCACAUCUGGGCCGUCGAGCGUUGUCGUGCUCCAUUAUCGUCGCAUGCUGCAGACGAGGUUGGAUAGUUGGGCCAGUGGGGGGUUACAGCAGCAGUAUGAGAGGUUGUGGGCGAGAGCGUUGUUUAGGGCGGGGGUACCUUUCUCUUUUAUGCGCCUAGAAACCACGCAGGAACUGCACGACUGUAUGGUGUCAUUGAUGAGGGUGACGAUUGGACCACCUUUGGUCUUGCCCUCGUACAAUGAUAUGCGCACACGGCUCCUCGAUGAGAUCUACCACGAGAUCGCAAAGAGAGUCGCACCAAAGAAGGCGAAAUGGAAGCUCUCGGGCUGUACCAUGAUGACGGAUGGGGCUAUGACGAGGUCGUACAAGCCCGUCGUCAACUUCAUCGCAGCGGGCGAGGACAGGCCAGUCUUGAUCACUACCGUCGACAUGUCGGAGAGGGACAAGACUGGUGUGGCACUGGCAGAUUUGUGGGAGAAGGUUCUCGCAGUAGUUUAUGCCGCUCGGCAUUGGCGUCACUACCUGCACGGGGCACCAUUCACGGUGCGCACGGACAACUCUGUUGUCCAGGCUUUUCUGACAAAGCCGAAGCUCACUCCUCGACAGGCUCGCUGGUGGUGCGACCUAUCCGAGUUUAGUUUCACCACUGAGCACAUCAAGGGUGAGACUAAUCGGGUCGCAGAUGCCCUAUCCCGGUGCGCUGACCACGACCAGGAGCACAUCCAUCUCUCUUCCAUCUCGGUCACCACCGUCCACCACUCGGUGAUCGACGAGUUUCGCACUCAGUACCGCCACUGCCCCGACUAUCGCGACAUCCACGCGGCCCUUCGGAGUGGCAAGACCGUCCUGAACUACUCUCUCAGGGACAACGGUCUUGUGUACUGGCACGGUUCACAGGGCACCAGAGAGCCCCGUAUUUGCGUUCCCUCCACUGGACAGCCACGUGUCCGAGCAGUAGCAGAGUUCCAUGACCAGGUAGCUGCCGAUCAUAUGGGCUUCCACAAGACGUUGGCUCGUGUGAGCCGCCUGUACGUCUGGCCGAAGUGCAAGGACUUUGUGAAGGACUACGUCGCAGAGUGUCCCACCUGUCAGGAGGUGAACAGUGCGAACCACCUACCUUAUGGUUUGCUCCAGCCUCUUCCUAUCCCUGAGGGUCGUUGGCAGUCCAUCUCGAUGGACUUUAUCGGUCCUCUUCGACCUCCGACCCCCCGCGGUCAUGAUGCUAUCCUGCUCGUCGUCGACCGCUUCACGAAGCGUGCACGCUUUGUUCCGUGCCGCUAUGCCAUCAGUGCACGUGAGGUCGCCGACAUCGUAUUUGACCGAGUCGUGCGAGACCACGGCUUACCUCUGAGCAUCAUAUCUGACCGUGACCCGCGCUUUACCAGCCGAUUCUGGCGACGGCUUCACGAGGUGUACGGCACUCAGCUCCGCUUCUCCUCGUCUUACCAUCCUCAGACUGAUGGUCAGACCGAGAUCACGAACAGGACUCUCAGGGAUAUUCUCCGAAAGAUUGUUCGUGAUGACCAGCAGUGGGAUCUCCAUCUUGCCCACGCGGAGAUAGCCUACAACCACGUCGUCUCGCCAGCCACGGGGAUGUCGCCUUACUAUUGCGACCUCGGCUAUCACCCGCGUGUUCCCGCGGACUUCCUUCGACCGUCCCAGAUGCACCCCGACACGAGUUGUCCCGCGCUGGAUGAUUGGGUUGCAUACAUGACGUCGAUUAUGAAGACCGCACAUGAGCACAUAGCCGCUUCCCAGACUCGCAUGGCAGCACGUGGGAACCGAUCGAGGAUGGAUCACCCAUUUAAGGUCGGUGAUGAUGUGCUUAUCGACGCCCGCCACUUACAACUCGAAGCGGACACGCUUCGCAAGUUUCGGCGUCGCUUCUUUGGCCCAUGCCGCAUCCUCCAGGCCAUCGGUUCUGAUACGGCAUCUAGCCCGGUCAGCUUUCGUGUGAAGUUGCCCGACUACCUACGCCAGGCUCGUGUGCACGAUGUCUACCACGUCUCGUUAGUGCGUCCUUACCGCAGACGGUCUGAGCGUUUUGCUGGACGACCAUAUGAGCGCCCUCCACCCAUCAUGGUGGACGGUCACGAGGAGUUCCUUGUUUCCGACAUCAUUGGUCGCUGAGUCACCGACGACAACCCUCCCCACGUCGAGUAUCUCGUACGUUGGAAGGGUUACCCUGAUGAGGAGGCUACCUGGGAGCCCCUCGA